UCUCUGUCUUGCAUGCACUUGAGCAGUUUGGACGACAGCAUUGGGGAGGCUUCGGGUUGCGACUCUUACGGGGGCUACGAGGGCGUCGAGCACCUGAAGAGGCACUCCCUGGGGCACUUGAAGGCCGUCAGUGCCGACUCGCUGCCUUGCGGGUGCCGGGGGAAGACCGCCUCUCCUGGCGUGCGAGGCUUUUCAAGGGGAUUGCUUGCUGUUGGUGGUGGUGGUGGUGGUGGCAGACGUAACAUGGGAAUAGGUAACACUAGUCAUGUCAAUACUAAUAAGUUUAGUCAUUAUGGUGGCGGUGCUGUUAGGGGAAGAGGUGGCUUUCUAACCGGACAGGGAAAUGUCAGUAGAUUUAGUCACGUGAAAUCAGAUGUCGGAUCUGUCAAUCUGUGUCACAGACUGGGCGGUCAUAUCCUGGGCGGAACUCUUGACGACUUGGACGAGAGAGAGGGCGUGACAGACGACAGCUUCGUCUUCAUCGAGAAGCCUCGGUUGAAUUUUCAGGCCUUGUCGUGCGACAUGUCGCGCGAGGGAUGCAAGAGGGCGGAUGUGACAGUCGGUGAGUAUAUAACCAGUGCAAAGGUGGCCCCCUCAGCGGGUGACCGCAAGACCUGGCAUGAGGACGAGGCUUUCAUCAAACAGGUGGUGGAUGAGUAUUUCAAAGAGCCAGUCUCGUUCUCCGAUUUAGAAGAAAAGGAUUCCUUUGAAAAAACGGAAAUUCCGGAAAAGGUGAAAAGAGCCUCUUCUCCCGAUACAGUAUCUGUCGGUAUCGCACCGAAAGCUAAACAAGAGAGUGACGUUUCUUCCUCCUCUUCCUCUUCCUCUUCCUUAUCUUCUGGGUCGUCAUCGUCGUCGUCGUCGUCAUCAUCAUCAUCAUCAUCAUCGUCAGAGGACGACCACGAAUUCCUCGAAAACGAGCUCCAGUGCGCCAGUCCAAGCAUCGACGACACGACCUACUGCGAAUCGGACGACACCACCUCCUGGUACACGGACGACUCCCUUGGCUACGAAGCCGACGCCGAACCGAGUGACAAGGACACCCUCGGGCAUGUCUGGCGACGCUGGCGGAGCGCUCCCGACGUCCGACAAGCAGGUGACCUACGGAUGAGACGAAUGCACCAAUUGGGGAAGUUAGCGGGGGCGGCGGCGGCGGCAGCUGCUGCUGCUGCUGCUGCAACCCGGGACGCUGGUUGCAACGGCAGCAGUACUGCUGGUGCCGAUCAGCGAGGCACGAAGACUUCAUCUGCCUGGUGGAGGGAUGCAGUGAGUGCCAGUGCCAGGCGGACUCAUGACGAAGGGACUGGGCACAAAGGGGAAGAAAAGAAGUUCACGCAAAACUACUCGUCGUCGUCGGCUGCGUUCCCUCACAAAGCCUUUCCCUCCUUCGGGUAUCAGCCUCGGAAGUCGUGCAGUGUGGACGAGAGCAAGUUGUCUCGCUUGAGAUUCGGGGUGAGGAAGGUCAAGAAGCACAAGCUACUGCAGUUCAAUCAUCACGACCCCGGCAGGAGACCCAAACCUGCCCACUUGGUUUCUGCUCACAAAAAGAAUGACAAUAACACCAGUAAGGUUAAUGGUUUCAAAAAUGAUAACAGUCGAGUGGAAGACGACCCUCAUCGAUUAGACACGUCGCGUGAUCAGAGUCUGCAAGAGGACGAUGUUUUUAAUGGCAACGAAAAGUUGGAGUUUGUGAAUGGAAAAUACAAAGCGAGUUUAUUAGAAGAUAAAAGUGUCCGCGAGAAUGUUGAUGUCUGCGAUUGCUCUCAAGAGACGAAAAAGGUGGAUGUGGGUGAGAGAAGUGAGGGCCGAAGUGUUGUGGGUGGGGAAAAGGCAGUAGGCGUGAGAGGAGGCGGCGGCGGGAGUGGGUGUUGUACCAGUGUGGAAGGUGGAAGCAUAGAUGACAGCACAGCGGAGAGAACGGAGAAAGUACUCACCCAAGGGCUCGUCAUUCAUCACUCCAAUGCCAAACACGAUCACCACGCUAUUCUUAAUCCCAGUAUCAUCAGAAACGCCCUCAGCAUUUUAAGGGAAGGCAUUACCGCCGAUUUGGUAGAGGAACCAAAACCAGUGCCAUCAACAGAGAGAGCUGUUUUAGUGCCAAAUGAGCCACCAUUAACUCACACGGACGACGACAUAGUUGGUGAGCAGGAAACUCCCAAGUUGAACCCAGACUUUCCUGAGCAGAGUGUAAAGGACAGUGAAAAUGGUUGUCCAGAUGAUGGGUCGCACCCUGACCAGGAGGGAAAUAAUGGACUCGUAGAUCAGGUGUCGGUUUUGGACUGUGAAAACGACGUUAAGAGAGAAAGAGAGAGAGAUUCCGAAGAGUCGGGAGAUAUGAAUAGAACGAACAUCACCAUACAACUCACUCCUCCCGCAACUCAUCGGAAAUCACUUACUCGCACUGUGGAGUCUGUAAGUGGUGCCGAUUUCCCCUUGAAUAUUUCGGUUAUAUUGGAGAAUAAAGUUCACGAGAAUGAGAGUGGGAAUACCACUCAAGUCGUCGAUGGAGGUUUGUCUCAAUUUAAGAAGGAUACUGCUCCCAGAAACGGACGCACAUACGAGAACGUUGAUAGUCAAGGUCGACCUUCUGUGAAUGAUAUUCCCUCUUCCUCGAGGAGGGGUAGCCAGGAGGGGAGCAGGAGCAGUGGUCUGAACGUCCAUAACGUCCGUUUGAGGAAUGGCAGCGAAGCCGGGGCGCGCGGGAAACGAUCCGUCAGUGUCGAUUCGUAUCGGAAGAGUGACUUGAAUUCCACUUCAAGGGCGAGCACAGUAUCCUCCUCAAGUGAGACGAGUAGUUGCUGUCAUGCUCGUCCCAAACCUAAGCCCAAAAGUUCCAAUAAGUCUCAGGGUCGAAGUAGUGACUCGAUCAAGAAUAGCCAGGUAGGAGUGAAAGAGCCCAGCACCACAAGUUCGACCUCGGGUCAGGUUUUUGGUAAUGAGUACCACGUUCAGAGGAUUCAGGUGGGCACAGGGGAUAGUCGCAAAUUUGCCCAAACCACACAACGUUCUGUUAUAGAAGUCCCCUUGAGUGGAAGCGAAACAAAUGGCUGUCACGGGAAGCAGGUGCAGAAGAGCGAACUCGUCCUCGGACCUUCGCAGUCGAGAGGGUCGACCCUCAGGACCUCCUCCUCCUCCUCCUCGUCCAAGCAGUCUCAGGCGCCCACUUUCGUGUCGGCAUCCUUCCCCAAAAGUAGUCUUGCGCAGACCUGCAUCUCGGAAUAUAAUAUUGGUGAUGCCCAGCCCCAAAGAAGAACCCCUGACACCUACGGGCCGUUGGCGGAAGAAUUCAAGAAAAAUAGAACGGAAAGUAAGACAGAGAGCAGUUCCUCCAAACACGGCAGAGACACCGAUGGUGGUGGCAAGAAAUCUAAAAAAAGCAGUUCAAAAAGUAAAAGCAGAUCAACUCCAAUAAAGUACUUUUCUGGGAUAUUACACGCCUUUGGCUCGGCUGCGCCCAGAUUCCGCUCCGGGGUAACUAAUGUGCAAGGCAAUGAAUGCGAAGGCAAUAAAUAUCAGGAAAUGAGAACCAGAGGCGAGGAACUUAGUAGGUGUCAUCAGUUGCAAAGGGAGAAAGAGAGAGAAGUCUGCAAGGGAGGCUCUGGCAUAAGCGAACGAAAUGCAGUACCUCUCGUUGUUCCCCCGUCUCUUCAUUCUGAAUCAGAGCUCAACAAAAUAAGAACAACAAAGACAGCAGCAGCAGCAGCAGCAGCAGCAGCAGCAGCUGUCCUCUUGGUGGAUGGGAGAGGAAAGGCGGGUGGGACGAGAAUCGGGGACGAUUGUGGGGAGGGAAACUUCUUAUCCCCCACAGCUAAAAUCGACCAAUUACAGGUGUGGGACACUAAAAAUAACCGCCCUGCUGGCACUGAAUGCCCCUCUCCUCCUGCUGUCAAUGAUGCCGUAGUGCCCCCGGCCCCGGUCCCCAGCCCACGCCCACGACGUGCCCUCAAGAAUAGCCAUGAAUCAGUGGCAGGUCAUAUCGCACCCACUCCACCCACUCGCCGGAAGUAUUUCCCUGCCGAGCCUUCCGCUAAGCCCCUCGUGAACGAUUCCCUUCAUGAAGGAGGUCUGGGUGUCCCCGCCGGGGGAGGGGACAGGGAAGGGGAGCGUAGCCGAGAGACGAGCACCUGGCAUAGUCCUAAGGCGAGCCCCCCCACCGCCAGGCGCUUGGCAGAGGGCCUCUCUCAUUCAGGUGAGAAAAGGAGAGAGCGUUCACAGAGUUCACACCCGUGUCUCAGUCCCUCUGAAAUUUCCACCAAGAAAUCGAAGUCGUCUUUACCCAGAGACCUCAAGGAAGGCGACAAUUUAUCGUACGAGAAUCUCAGUUUCCACGAGAAGCAUUCGUUCGGCUUGAGAGACCGCAGCCACAACUGUACCCCGAGGAGUGACAGUAGCAGUGCCAGUCAUCCCAACAAUCACAGCAACAGCAACACUCAGAGUGACCAUAAAGGCGGCAGAAAAAGAAGUAAGGACAGGGAUAAAAGGAACAGCAAACCUGAAAAACGUAGAAGCCUCAAGUCCGAUGCCCACCGUCUUAGUUCAAGUUUGCGUUCUCAGACUAAUGAGGUCCCCAGUAAAUCGUGUGCUUCUAAUAAUGGUUCAACUGCUUCAAAUACUUGUUCCGGUGGCGGCGGCGGUGGUGGUGGUGGAGGAAGAAGCGGCGGUGGUGGUGGUGGCGGCGGCGGCAGUGGCAGUCAAAGUUAUGGUGGUGGGUCAGGAGAGAUGGAGGGAAAUAGUAGAAACAACGGCAAGGAAGGGGUCUCUGGUGGCGGCGGCGGCGGCGGUGGUGGUGGUUGGAGAAAUAGUGGUGGAGGAGGGACUGGUAGUGGCGGUGGAGGAAUGGAAGGGGGCUAUAACCCCGGUGGGUCGGGAGGGGAAUCGUCAGGCGGGGGGGCGUCAGGCCGCCGACGCCGCAUCCGCCCUCCGUCAUUACCGACUUCCCCAUUACAGUCGUCUCGGCCUCGCAGGGCCUCUCAGACCUCCCAGACAUCCGGCGGCUCCUUACCGUCAUCUCCGACGCGAUGGAGGAGGCCGCAGUUCGAAGACACUUGGGACGGCGUCUGUGAAGAAGGGGCCAGAGAUGACCGCCGACUGUCACGCACCCCUUCUGCAGAGUCCGUGGAGUCCGAGUCGACCUCCUUUUACUACAGCGCCAUGGGAUCUACGGCCUACGACGAACAGAAGUCCGUCUACGAAGACGUCAGUGCCAGGUAUUCUUUCAUUACCUGUCCCCAGUAUGAACCAGGCGAGGACCAGCCAGCUGCCGCUUCGUCAGUGCAGCAGUCCUCUGCCAAACAACCUGGGGGCACCGGCAACACCACCACCACUACCACCAGCUACAACAUUCCGAGAACGAUCAGUGGCGACUUGAACUGUGACGUCGACGUCAGUCUGUCCGAAGGAGAGAUCAAAGUAAGAGUGCGAACCGAGGACGAGGAAGUGACGUCGUCGACCCCCAUACACGACGGCGACACCGACGACGAUAGUGAUGAAAGCGACGAUGAUUGUGGAAGUGACGACGACAGUGACGGCAGCAGCCAUGAGUACGAGCUGUCGCGGUCGUAUAAAUCUCGAGACGAUUCCCUCGACGCCCUUUACUCGGCCUCCGAAGAAACGGACGGGGGCGAAGAUGCUGACGAGGACAGAGCGGAGAAUGCGACGAAAGAGGUCAAAGCGAUGGGGACGGGCAUCGUUCACGCCAUCCCGUGCAUGGCGGGCACAGACUCAUCCAACUUCUCGACACUCUCGAGUUCUUCUGGAAUAAAACGCGAAAAUAGAAGUGGCCACAAGAGUGAAAGUGGUCGUCCUCCCAAAUCGACAGGCGGCCUUCGAGAGAGCGGGCUUGUUCACGCGACGCCCUGUUGGGCCACAGACUCCGAUGUCAGGUCGAGUAUCUCCAGCACUGAUUAUUAUAGCAAAGUCUGCCUGAGCGCGUCAACAGAAGAGAAGAUAUACGAGCCCCAGUACGAGAAUGUUCAUAAUCGCCCUGUCCCCGAGAGAGAAAGAACCGAAGAAAGGAGCACCAGUGCCCCUUCGAGUGAGCCCGAGACCACCCAGAAGAGGAGGCUCUCGGGCGUGUGGACGACUGUCGAAGAAUCCGAUGACGAAAGCAGUGAGUGGGAGGACGAGACCCUUCCCGCCAAUCUGCGCCAGUCUCUCAGCAAAGCAAGUAUAGGCGAAUGUGAGGAGGAGGAAGUCGUAGCGAGCGAGCAGGUACGCUGUCCUCCUGCGGAGGAUGACGAUGAGGAGGAGGAGGAGGAGGAGGAGGAAGGUGAGGACGUGACCCACACUUACUCCUCCGUUGGCCAAGAGGAUUUUCGAAAUAACAGCGUUUCUCCCCGUCCCGUCAGUCCUUUCAUUAAUCAACACCAACAGAACCCCACCUGGGUUGAUCCAACCGUAGGGAACAGUUACCAGGGGGUGCCGCAACCAACUACGAGGGAAGGAUGGGAGCAACGAGAAGCCAAUGCCUGGGAGUGGCACAGGGCCGUUUGGGAACACCACAAAAAGAUCCACGAGCAGCACCUCCAACACGUCCAUCAGCAUCAGCAACAGCACCAGUCCCUCCUGGCAGACGUCAUGUCAUGCCUGGGAGGGGCCAGGUGGGGCAUGAAUGCCAGUCAUUGGUGCCACCAUUCUUACCCAGACUCAGCCACCUGUGGGCGCGAUGAAGGGCGGUUUCCGCACCUGCACGACUGUCCCACGCCCGAUUGCAGCAGAUGGUCGGGCCAGUUUCACGAAGACCCGCCCUAUCAGCCAGCCGGAGCCACUUCGCCAGGUGAUUUGGGGAAACCGCCCCCGUCCCCCCUUCCGCCCUCGGGCUCGCACAGAAGCCGCGACACGUCUUCGGUGCCCCGAGACGGUGCCCGCCCUCAGAGCCGUCAACGAUCGAGAUCGCGCCGUCGCGCUCACUCGGCUAACUCCAAGUACCGAAUCGAGUUAGAAAUUCCUCCUCACCUGCUCGCCCGACAGAGGCCCUCCUCCUUCAGCAGUCUAGCAGCCAGGAGGCCCAGCAAUCCUUCUCCCGAGCCCUUAGUGGACGAUCUGCAUCAGGAGGCGCUGUUGUAUUUGGCUGACACUUCCUUCGAUCACACAGCUGACGCUAAUCGCCGUCGGUUGGCCGAGCGUAAGAAAAAUGAAGGAAAUGAGCUUUACAAAGCUAAGGACUACAGGGAAGCCCUCAAGCUCUACACGCAGGCUAUUGACCUGUGCCCAGACUGUGCAGCAUAUUACAGUAACCGGUCAGCAUGUUACAUGAUGCUUGGAAAGUAUCAUGACGCACUCAACGAUGCUCGAGAGGCCGUUCGUCUAGACACCACCUUCGUCAAGGGGUACCUCCGUGUGGCAAAGUGUAACAUAGCAUUAGGAGAUGCAAAUGCUGCAUUAUCAGUUCUACGGCAAGCAGGAGAGCUUGAACCCAACAACAGGAGUGUACGGGAUGAAAUGAAUAAUGCUCAGGCGCUCUUAAGGUGUAUAGACGAAGUGAAUAAAGCAACUGAAAAAGCUGACUACAGAACAGCUAUAUUCCAUUUAGAUCGAGCGUUAGAUCAGGCUGUUGGCUGCAGGAGCCUUAAAAUUACCAAAGCUGAAUAUUUAGUUUUUCUACAACGUUUCGCAGAUGCGCAAGAAAUGGUCAAUGAGAUUCUGCAGUUUGACAGUGGAAAUGCUGAUGCCAUAUAUGUCAGGGGAAUGUGCUUAUACUAUCAGGAUAAUCCAGAAGCAGCAUUCAAUCACUUCCAACAUGUUUUACGAUUAGCACCUGAUCACCAAAAGGCUCGUGAUAUUUACAAGAAAGCAAAGAGUUUAAAGCUGAAGAAAGAGGAAGGAAAUGAGGCUUUCAAAAGAGGAAGCUUCCAAGAGGCAUUUAAUCUCUACACAGAUGCUCUUGCUAUUGACCCCCUCAAUAAAAAUACAAAUGCCAAACUAUAUUUCAACAGGGCAACUGUUGGUUCAAAGCUCAAUAAAGUUGAAGAAGCCAUUGAAGAUUGUACAGCUGCAAUAAAUCUAGAUGAAGGUUAUGUGAAGGCUUAUUUAAGAAGAGCCAAAUGUUAUCAAGCCCUAGAAAAACACGAAGAGGCUGUAAGAGAUUAUGAAAAAGUUACACGAUUAGAUCGAAACCAAGAACACAAACGGUUAUUACACGAGGCCAAAAUUCAACUUAAACGUUCCAAAAGAAAAGAUUACUACAAGAUUCUAGGUGUUACCAAAAAUGCAUCGGAAGACGAAAUUAAGAAGUCUUAUCGCAAAAUGGCAUUGGUGCAUCAUCCAGAUCGCCAUGCUAAUGCUAGUGAUAAGGAUAAGCGCGAACAUGAAAUCAAGUUUAAAGAGAUUGGGGAAGCCUAUUCAGUUUUAACGGAUUCUAAGAAGAGAGCUAUGUAUGAUCGAGGCCAAGAUAUUAAUGAUCCAGAUGGUGGUUUUGGACAUGAAGCUGACAUUGAUCCAAACCAGAUAUUCCAAGCCUUCUUUGGUAACCAUGGGGGUCAUGGCUUUGGUGCCCAUGCCAGUUUCCAGCAAGGUGGAUUCCCAGGUGGUGGCUUCAGUGGCGGUAGCUUCCCUGGUGGUUUCCACUUCCAGUUUGGUUAAAUGGCGCUUUCGUAUAUUUACAGUGCUAGUAAAUUAUUGUAAUAAACUCCAUGAAAUCUGGGAAUUUUCUUGAAUUAUUACAAUUUUUGAAUUUGUAUUCAUGUAAAGGUGUAGUGAUUUUUAUUGAUAAAGUUGCUUCAUCACAUCUGUUGAGUGAAGGGUUAAGAAUAAUGUUUAGUAAAAAAUAAAUUGUCAGAAUUUAAGUCAAAUGUAUAUUGUUGAUAGCCAUCUCAUGUAUGGUAACUGUAGAUAAGGUACUUCAGUAGUCUUCUGUAAUGUGGUAUGAAAAGGAAAAAGCAAAAAUAGACAAAUAGUUAGUUCGCUACUAUCGGAUGACUUUUAGGAAGUUAUAUUUUCAAGUAUUUUUUCAAAGAUUCAUAUUAAGGAAACAAGUGUGCUGUAUGUAUACAUAUUUAUAUAUAUUUUCAAGCCUCCAUCAUUGUCAAGUAAAUACUCCACCAUAUUUAUUUUUUUGUUUCCCAUGUCCAUUUGUAUUGCUCAGCCACCUUAAUGUAUAGGUUAUCAAAAAGUGCUGAUGUCAGUGGCCGUGUGCAUGAAACUGAUAUACAUUAUAUCAGUUUGGAUUUCUGUGUGAAAUCUUUAAUGUCAUCCUGGCCAGUGCUAUUAGCAAUUGUUGUAAGUAAUGAAUACAGUAUGUCUGCUGCUAUGCUUUCUUUUGAUAUUGAGCUACUUGAAUUUUUCAUUGUGUGCUAUACUCCAAUUAAAUUACACAAACAAGAUGUUUAGCCAAUAUUUGAUUUAUAAAAUCUUAUGGUAAAGUUCUCUCAGCUGUAAUCAUAGGAAUGGGUAGUGUUUCUUAAAGCACUCAUGAGUUCAUGGUAAUGUAGUUAAAAGUCUUGAUGUACAGUACAUUCCUGUUUGACUUUUUUUUUUCUUUUUGUUACUCAUUACCAUGUGUUAAUAAAGAUGAAAUUUUAUUUGGAAAAUUAAUUUCUUCAAUAAUCUGAGCCACGUGUGUUGCUGUAGUAACAAGCUGAAUUUAUAGAUUCAACAUAAUCCAUUUCAGAUUAUUGCUUGACAGAGGACUUUGUACUGUAUUAUAUUGUAAUAGCAUAUUCAAUGAGUAUAUUAUAUAUAUAUAUUGUUUUGUUUGUCAAUGAUGAGAUUAAAUUUUUAUUACAGCAUCUUGCUACAUUUUGUAUUCAUAAUUUUUACUUUCAAUUUUGUUGAACACUUCAUUUUUCAUUUUAUAUUUGUAUCUGAUAUUGAGGGGUAGAAAAUUUGUGAUGAUGAAUGAUAUCAUCCAGUAAAAUUAUGAAAAGGAAAAUUUUAAAUUUAGAAUAAAUUUAUGAAUCAUUUAAAU